AUGGUGAUGCUACGGUUGACUGCGGAGCAGUACAGGAAGCUCCCCAUUCUGGUGGACGAGUGGACCUGCGCGGGAAAGACCUACGUCAUCACUGGAGGCAACUCCGGCUUGGGCCUGGAGACUGCGCGGCACCUCGUCUCUGCAUCUGCCGCGACGGUGGUUCUGGCCGUGAGAAAUCUCAACGCUGGAGAAGUGGCCAAGGCAGACAUUGAGACGUCGACGGGACGCAAGGGCGUCAUACAGACUGACAUCGGAACCCUCGUCGCGAAGGUGCGGCAUCUGGAUCUAUCAACCCACACCGCGGUUCAAGUAUUCGCCAAACAGAUUUCUCAGGAGCUGGAUAGAAUUGACGGCUUCGUCUGCAACGCCGGCAUUAUGGUCGACCAGUGGGAGACUUUCGAAGGCGUCGAGAGCAGCAUCUUCGUCAACGUCAUUAACACGUUGUUCCUCGGAGCCUUGAUGAUGCCCAAGCUGAGCGAGAGCGCGCGCAAUUUCGGCAUCAAGCCAACGCUCGUCUUCAUCGUCAGCGUGCUGGGGUACACCGUCAAGGCGGAGAUGGACAAGAGCCGCAAUGGGAGUGUUUUGGACGGGCUCAACGACCAUAAACGCGCAAACAUGGACUCAAGGUACGCUCUCACAAAGCUCGUCGAGGAAUGUGCCGUCCGUCAAUUUGCGGCCCAAUUUCCCGUAGACCGUACGGGCGUGGUCAUUACAAUGGUCGCCCCUGGCCUAUGCACCACCGGGUUGGGACGCGAUGCGAGAACAUUCACCAAGAUCAUGCAUGAGGCGAUCCGGGCUAUGAUGGCCCGCACUGCGGAGGUGGGCAGUCGCACUAUCCUGCACGGCCUGGUGGUUGGCGAGGAGGGCCACGGAAAACUUCUGUCGGGCUGCAAGGUCAAGGAAUUCUGGGUGCCGGACUGGGUUAGCAACGAUGAGGGCCAGCACUUGCAGAAGUCGAUAUGGAAGGAGCUUGUUGCUAAGCUGGAACAGGUGCAGCCUGGGCUCAUGCAUCGGUGGUUCCUUGACAUCAGCGACACGCUGUUUCCUCCCCAAUUCUGCUACAAGUUCGACAUCUUGAAAUCAAUCUGGGUCAACUGCAUACUGGUAGAUGAAGCAUACUUCCACUCAACAUUGGCCGUAUCGGCAUCGUACGUCGACUUCUUUGAACGAAAGCCCACGACAUCGUCGAAAACAUUGCAUCACAUAUGUGAAGCUUAUUCGUUGGUCAACCUCAAACUUUCAAGCCCCCAUGCCAUAUCGGAUAGCGCCAUUGCUGCCGUUGUCACCCUCACCAUCUACCAACAGAUACACCAGCAACACUCCAUCGGCCUCGUGCACCUCAAAGGGCUUCACCGAAUGAUUGAGUUGCGCGGGGGUAUCGCCAGACUGAUGGAGGAGAACCGUCCAUUGGCCCUCAAGCCACUCAGGCUCGAUCUUGAAUUAGCCAUGCAAAAUGGGUCACCCACGAUGUUUCAUAGCGGGAACGUACCCGUAACUACUGUCUUGUGCCAGUCUAGCACCGUCGCAAAACAACUUUCUACCCGUCCCCCCGGGCUGCCUCGCAUCAUGCUGGAUCUCGUCGUUUUCACUGGCAUCCUCAACGAGAGGGCGAAGAACGGACGAUCCAAGCUCAACCCUCUAGACUACACGGAAACGCUCAUAGCACUCUUUUACCGUCUCUUGGAUGGUGAACCUUUCAGACGGCCUCCAAUUGCUUCAGAAGGCCUCUACGGCGACGCAUUAUGUCUUGCGAUGUUGGCGUUCAUGACCGGCCUGCUUCCAUCCUACUGCCGCGACAACUUCAACGCGCAAACCGGCAAUGUCUCUCUGCUACUGUGGAUCCUUAUCAAGGGUAUCGGCGAGCCUGGAGUACAGUCAGCAAUGGCACCAAAGCAGCUCCUCAGUCAGAACGAGGUCCAGCCCAGCAUCGGUAACCUGGACGACUGGAACAGGGAAGUCAGAAAGGCAAAAGGCAGGAUCCAGACGAAAGUCUUCUCUGAAGGCAAGAAGCUCAAAACUACGCCCGAGUAUCUGGCAGCGUCGCCUUCCGCGCGCGACAAGAUGAUGCAGAAAAUCAAAGAACGUGUCAACAACGAUUACAAACGGGCCAACAAGCAUCCAUCUCAGCUUGUGAAGCCGGUCGAAGCGGCCUCUACUCAAUCUGCCGAAGGCGCAGCAAAGACCCCUGAAUUACCCGAUGGUGCCACGGCUUGGAGUGAGGGAUAUCGACCCAAACGCAGGGCGGCACAAGUUGGGAGUCUACGAAUUAAGAAUCUUUUCGAUUCUUUAGAGAGCGGCACAACGGCAUCCGAGUUAUCGGCUUCAUUGGAGGAAGCGGUGAUGAAUCUGGAGGAGUCGACAACCGCGCAAGAGCUUAGGCCGCCAGAUGAGGCUACACCGCUAGCCACAGUUCUGACGGCUUCGGAGGAACGUUCCUCGACUGACUCUGCGUCUCCCUCGCCAGCCCACCGCUGCCCGUCCCCCGACGAAUCCGCCACAGUGAACGUCGGUAAUUCAAGCAACCGCAAUGAUAACAACUCACGCGCAAAUUACCUGGAAAGGGUUCAUGCGUUCCUCAACUCCGGUACCCACAUCAUGGCCAUUCUUGACCACCGCGUGAGCCUCUCUCCCGUUCGUCUGGACGUCUGUAAUGCAGUCUGGUCAAUUGAGCUCUAUGCCGAAGCACGACAUGACCAAUCGGGUCAGUCGGGCUGGAAAAGCGAAUUCGAACUUAGCUGGGUCGCUCUUGAUCUCGUCAGCGCCUACUGGGACAGGUUUCCUGGCGGACGCGAUGCUACGCUCAACCUUGCCGUGCCCGGCUCGACCCUCUGCAGCAAAAGAGUUCUCGUGGUCCUUGGCCAUCGCGAGGUAGCCUCGAGGUUUGAGCUGCUUGUCCUCUAUCAAGGAAUGGGGAUGGGUUCUCUGUCAUGGGAGUGGAUACAGUCGCUCAACUCCCGGUUCGCGCUGGAUACGAGAACUCUGAACGACUACUGGAAUUCUUCGGGCAUCCGGGAGCCAAUGUUGAGUUCCUAUGAUGCCACAGCGGAAUCGGUGGUCGACUUGAAGAGCUUUCCGGUCUGGGCCUCCGACCUCAAUUGA